CAGUAAUUUUAUAGAGCACACGGCGAGGGGCGGCCAUCAUCUUCUUCCUCGAAGCUGAAGCCCCCUCCAAAGAGUUGAGAAACACCAACCGUCUCCAUGGCGCGGGUCGCUUCCAACUCUUUCGGCUUUCUUCACGAGCCCCUACCCCGCCUCGACCCGAACCCCCCGCAACGCUCGAGAGCCGCUCUACGCCUCCAAUCUAAACCUCAUCGCUUCCAAAGCCUCAGAAUCCAAGCGAAUACCGACCCGAUCGAUUCCCCCAUCCAAACCCCCUCCACGGAUGAGCCAGUUUUCCAGACUGAUGUGGUCAAGGAUGAAGGACGAACCGCUAGUGUUUCCCAAAAGACUGAAUUUGCAGAGUUUCCAAAUAAAGAUAUUAAUAGGCGGAUUGCUUUGGGCUCUACUGUUGCAGCAGUAGGACUCUUUCUAUCAACAAGAUUAGAAUUUGGAGUCUCUCUUAAAGAUCUAUCUGCUGCUGCUGUACCCUAUGAAGUGGCUCUUUCAAAUGGAAUGCCCACUGUCGUCGAGUUUUAUGCAGAUUGGUGUGAAGUUUGUCGCGAAUUAGCUCCAGAUAUUUAUAAAGUUGAGCAGCAGUACAAAGACCGCGUGAAUUUUGUUAUGUUGAAUGUUGAUAACACAAAGUGGGAGCAGGAGCUUGAUGAGUUUGGAGUGGAGGGCAUCCCCCAUUUUGCCUUCUUGGAUAAAGAUGGCAAUGAGGAGGGGAAUGUUGUGGGCCGACUUCCAAAGCAAUAUAUUCUUGAGAAUGUUGCUGCCCUUGCCAAUGGUGAACCCACAGUACCUCAUGCCCGAGUUGUCGGUCAGUACUCUAGUGCAGAAUCCAGAAAAGUGCAUCAAGUUGUUGAUCCUAGAAACCAUGGUUAGGUAUGCUUUACAUUGUUGAUAGCUGCUCAGCGCCAGUUGGAAUAUCAAGUUCAGAUACAGGCUUCAGUUCUAGAUCUAUUUGCUGCCGAAAUCGGGAAAUGCUUUCCUGUUAUGGAAGAGAACAGACUCAUUUGCUGUACAAUUCACCUUAUUAACAUUUGUUGUGACACCUUCUGUUCUAUUAAGAUUUUAUUGCACUAGCAGUCUGUUCAUAAUGGUAAUUGAAAUGUUAAAAGCACCGACUAAGUUCUAUGAGGAAUGUGAUGAUUCACAAGUUUUAUAUGUAA